CGGGGAGGAAGGGUAUAAAAGGGAGCGCGACAGGGCACGAUUUCCUCACCAGCUUUUAGUCGCCAGCACAGCGUCUUACAGCCAGUACUUCCUCAUAUCCUCACGAUGUUCUUCGUCCAGGCCCUCUUUGCUCUCGGCGCUGCUGCUCUCGCUGCCGCGGAGACGCACACCAUCCACUUCGACAACGCCUGUGGGUACGGUACUCCCGUCAUCUACCAGAACUUCCAGCAGAUCUCCUCUGGCGAUCACACCUUCAACGGCCCCGCGUCCGCUGUCAUUGCCUUCCUCCAGACCGGCAACUGCGGUGCCAACGGCGAGAACUGCUCCAUGGUCGAGUUCACGCUCGUGAACGGCGGCGUGUCCAGCGCUGACGUGACGCUGAUUCCUCCCCAUACGUUCUCCGUCCCCACCGGCUUCGGGUACUACAACGGCUGCGACGGCGUUGGCAACGACUGCACGUCGGCCAACUGCGCGGGUGCGUUCCACAAGACGGACGACUACGGCGCACAGCGCCAGUGCACGUCGGACAACGUCAACCUCGCCAUCACCUUCUGCAAGUAAUCGCAUAGGCGAUGUAAAAAGCGGUUAUGGACUUUGCAUACGCAUACAAAGUACAAUCAAGGACUGUAUUGGGGGGCAUAUGUAAACUAAUGGGCUAUCGAGGGUAUAUAUGCACGUCUAAUGCAUGAAGUGGUUUAUGAGUUCAUCGUGAUGGAGUC